AGCUUCUCGAUUGAAUAAAAAGUUUGAAAUGUUUAGUCAAAAUUUGUACUGCCCAAUGCUUUCAAUUAAUGUGGCGUGCAUUCCUUGAUGCAUGUUAUGAACCAUUGGGUUUUUCUUUGGUUCAAAGGGAUUUAAACUUUCGAAUUAUCAAUCAACAUAGAAAGUAGUAUAAAUACUAACUUAUCUCAGUUGUUUAGCACAAAAUAUAGUUCGAUUGGGUAUGUGGUCUCUCAUAUGAUAUCUGGGUUUGGUCUGGACUUCUCUUCUUCCGGCUACUGUAAAGCCACCUGUCUUUGUCAUCUCGCUGUUGCCGACAGAGGUUGCUGGGGUCUGAGGGGGGUACGGAGGUUGGGUGAGGAACAUGGCUUGAUAGCGGUUCGUUUUCUCCAGCUAGGAUCUUUUAGCUUCCACCGUUUCUGCCGAGAUAGUCUCCUGAACCUGGUGGGGGUUUGGGUGGUUUCGUAUUCUCCGGCUAUGAGUUCUUUCAGCCGUCCAUUGGUCCUCGGGAAGCUUACGGUCGCCGCUACCAGGUGGAAGACUGGAUAGGGGGUGGGAUGAAGGGUCAGACUUAUGCACAACGGGUACAUGGUGUCACCUCAUUUUUGAAUUUUCAAUAUUGUACGAUGCGGUGCGCUGGCGGUAGAUAAUGUGGGCAGUGGGCUAUGGAGGUUGGGCUGAACCGAUGGUAACCCUAAUUUGUUGAACCGCUGGAUACGAAAGGGCUGGUGGGCUGCUGGACUGGGCAUUGGACGCUUCUGAUGAGCUGCUGACGCGGGAGAAGGGCUGUUGUGCUCUUGAACCGCUACUAAAUUAGGCGUUUCAAGCUUGCCUAUUAUUUUGUUGUAUAAAAAACACUGAAAUUGUUUUGAGACUUAGGUUUUAGAUUUGUUUUGUGACAAAAAACUAUGGGAUUGUUUAUGUGUGUGAUAACUCUAUGCUUUUUGGAUUAUGAGUUUGAAAAUAUUAAUCUGUCGUGAACAUGGCAAACAAAAUGACCAUACUAUCAAUGAAAUUUAUAAGUAAGUAUUUCAAAAUGCGUAGUCCGCGGAAAUGUUAUUAUUGUAAAAUAUAUUCACUUUAUUAUUUG